AUGAGUGAACACCAUAGUUGUGAUUUUUAUCUGGCAAAACGUGAUACUUCUAAACGACGGCAAAAGCGAAGAUCUACACCGAUCACAAGCAAAUGGAGAGAAAACUUACCUGCAAUUUUUUUGGCCCGUUUCGUUGCUGUAGCCAUGGGGAUCCGUUUCAUUGUAAUGGUAACAAUAUGGAGUGCUAUAUUCAUGAGUGAAUUUUUGAACAAAGAAGUUCCAAUUUCUUCAAAUGGUAAUUACUGUGGCCCAUGUUCUAAAGACUGGAUAUAUUAUAGAAAUAGUUGCUACUGGUUUUCUAAUGAGCGCAAAAGCUGGUACCAGAGCCAAGCUUCUUGUAUAUAUCAAAAUUCCAGCCUUCUGAAGAUAUACAGUAGAGUGGACCAGGAUUUUUUAAAAUUGAUCAAGUCAUAUCAUUGGAUGGGACUAGUGCAAAUCCCAGCAAAUGGAUCGUGGCAGUGGGAAGAUGGCUCCAUUCUCUCAACUGAAAUACUAACAAUUAUUGAAAUGCAAAAUGGAAGCUGUGCAGUCUACGGCUCAAGCUUUAAAGGCUAUACAGAAGACUGUUCAACUCCAAACACAUACAUCUGUAUGCAGAGGAUUGCACAAGGAACCAAUCAACCACUCCACAAAAGUGGAUAG